ACUCCAGAUAUAUAAUUGCGAUCUUUCUUACAAGGUUCAUUCAAAGCCAAAAAGCGUAUAAAUUUCUUACAUCAGUCGUUUAGUCAACGCGCAUUCAGGUGGAAACGACGACUGUGGCGGUAAAGUCGAAUUCGAUUCCAUUUUCCUAGUGAUUUCAUUGGAGAAUUGCUUGCUCAGCGUUAUUGUUGAUCGAAAAAAAUUGGAGUGGCGGAGAUGGUGAAAGAGACCGAAUACUAUGAUGUGUUGGGUGUGAGCCCCACGGCCUCUGAAGCUGAGAUUAAGAAGGCCUAUUAUGUCAAGGCUAGGCAAGUUCAUCCAGACAAAAACCCAAAUGAUCCUAAUGCAGCACAUAAGUUUCAGAUUUUGGGUGAAGCUUAUCAAGUUCUGAGUGACCCAUCACAGAGACAAGCCUAUGAUGCUCAUGGGAAAUCAGGAAUUUCUACGGAUUCAAUUAUCGAUCCUGCUGCAAUUUUUGCUAUGCUGUUUGGAAGCGAGCUUUUUGAGGAGUACAUUGGCCAGCUUGCCAUGGCAUCGAUGGCUUCUAUGGAUGUUUUCACAGAAGGAGAAGAGUUUGAUACUAAAAAGUUGCAGGAAAAAAUGCGGAGUAUCCAAAAGGAAAGGGAAGAGAAGCUUGCUGGCAUACUUAAAGAUAGACUCAACGUGUAUGUCCAAGGAAAUAAAGAGGAGUUCAUCAGCCAUGCUCAGGCUGAAGUGUCGAGGCUCUCUAACGCUGCUUAUGGCGUGGAUAUGCUGAGCACUAUAGGCUAUAUAUAUGCAAGGCAGGCAGCAAAAGAGCUUGGGAAGAAGGUGAUGUACCUUGGUGUACCAUUUGUUGCCGAGUGGUUACGCAAUAAAGGACACUUUAUCAAAUCCCAAGUAACAGCUGCAGCAGGUGCGAUUAAUUUAAUUCAGCUGCAAGAAGAAAUGAAAAAACAGCUCAGUGCUGAAGGAAAUUACACAGAGGAAGAACUUGAGGAAUACAUGCAAUCGCACAAGAAGUUAAUGAUCGACUCACUCUGGAAGCUUAAUGUGGCUGAUAUAGAAGCAACCCUUUCUCGUGUUUGCCAAAUGGUUCUACAAGAAAACAAUGCCAAGAAAGAGGACCUGCGUAUGCGUGCAAAGGGUUUGAAAACUCUUGGCAAGAUAUUCCAGGGGGUGAAAUCAGCUAAUAGUAGUAACAGCAUACCAACUGAUCCUACAAGUCACAAACUGAAUGGAAGCGAACCAAAUCAUAGCAAUGCUCCUUCAAGCACAUCUGCUAGAUCAGUAAACAAUGAUAAUGUCCAUUUAAACGCGAGCCCGUAUGUGGAGGCUCCUCAGAUUGCCGGAGGUAACUUUCCGAUGCCAGCUGCACCACCUGGUGCUCAGAGACAACCAUAAAGCAUGCAUCAAGGAUUGGGAGAGCAUUUGUUGUUGUAUUAUUGUGGUAUGUGUUUGGCAGCCGAGUGAUCAACUAGUGUAUAUCAUUAUUAUUCAUUAUCAUUACAGCAUGUAUAGUGAUAUCAUGUACCAAACUUUGUGAUUAUGUAUUUAUCCAAAACCAUGACUGUUUAGUCAUGAUCCACAUUCUGCUGAUAAGUUUUUACUUUGGUUUUACCUAUUUUCUUCUCUUGUAACAACUCAGGCAGAGUAUUUUAGUAGAAACAUUAUGUUCUUCCGAA